UGAAUUAUUUCAAGGUUUACACAGAACUGAUUCAGAUAUGUGAUAUACGAAAAAUUAUUAUUUAAGUUUUGAAGCACGAGUAAAUGCACCUAACAAAUAUGGACUUGCAUGCGGUUGCUAUAGCGUUGUUGGCUCUAAUCACAAUCAACACCAAGAUGAUGAUGCCAUUCGGUUAUGUCGGCGUCGUGCAGGACGAACGGAAGUGUCAGUAUUUAAGACCGUCGCGCAUGCUCAAAAUCCGUUGCUUCGAAAUGAAUCUGAGGGAGGUGCCGCAGUACCUGAAAUCGUCGGUUGAGAUUCUGGAUCUCGCAUUUAAUCGCAUUAAAAAGCUCAAACGCAACUCAUUUGAACGUUACACAAGCAUUAAAAUAUUAGUGCUCUAUGAGAAUAAGAUACAAUCGGUGGAGCCGGGCACAUUUGCGCCACUAACAUCGUUGGAGGAAAUUGAUCUAUCAAAUAAUGCGCUCGUCUCAAUACCCUUGGAAAUCUUUCAAUUACCCUCACUGCGAAAUCUUUAUGUUGACAGCAACGAGCUCUUCAAUCUCGACCGCGAUCUGCAGGGUCUUGAAACACCAAUACAAGCACCGCUGGAAUAUUUAAAUGUAGCCGAUUGCGGCUUAGAGAACCUACCCGAUUUGGGUGUACUGCCAAAAUUAUGGCAAAUUAAUGCCUCAUCCAAUCCGCUGACUGAUCUCACCGUGGACACACUAGCCAAUAUGUGCAAUUUGCGUACAAUGGACCUGACAAAAACAGAAAUCAGCGAUUGCGCUCUACAACAAGUGAAUCGUUACUUGCGAUAUAUUGGCGCCAGUUCUAAAUAUGUUCCGAUAUCUUUGGACGACCUCGACAACACCAAAUGUCCGGAUCCAUAUAACCAAACUGUCAAUUCAACGACGUAUCAUAGCUGUAAAGCAGAGGCUGAACUUGCCAAAGUGCUUAGCUGGCGUUGGUGGGCGAUCGCAGCGGCAGCGGCAUUAGCUGUGCUUGUCUUUACAUGGUACUGCUGUCGUCGUAAUUCGAAAAAGAAGAAGAAGAAGUCGAAGGCCAAAACCAAAGUAAAUGCGCUGCCGCCCAAACAGCAACCGUUAGUGUCGCCCACGCUCGCGCUCAAGAGUCACAACGAUCGCACAAUGCUGCAGGACUGUGAUUGUGCGUAAUUGCUUAAUUACAACAACAACAAAGCGCGUAGUUUAGAUGUACAAAUGCUAUAAAUAGCUGCAAUUAAAUUGCAAUUUAUUUACAACUACAGCAACAACUAUAACAAUUACUGAAAAUGUUAAAUACUACUUAAUGGCUGCGUCGCUAGGGCGGGUAGUGCAUAGUUUUUUCCGUUAUUUUUUUACUUUCGAAUAAAUUUAGUUGUUAGUUAAAUUCGCCAUACAGCAAAUUGGUGCCAAAAAGUACUAGAUACGAACUUAGAUAUCGAAUUGCAACGAACUGAAGGCGAAAUCGUUUCGCCAAAACUACAAGUGCCUACACUAGUAAACAUAGUUGAAUAAUUUUCCCGUUAUUUUUACAAACA